AUGAUUUUUAUAGAUGUGAAGGACGCAUGGGAAGGGAAAAAACCAUAUGUUGUCUUUUCCAAAAUUGGGCCCUUCAAAGUGUUCAUUCGGGACGUAUUCAAUACUGGACCACAAAGAGAACUGGAAAGCGAGGUUAUCAAUGCAUAUCUGUCCCUGCUUAUUAAAAAAUAUAAUGACAACAACGCAGGCAGGGCAUGUGCCGUGGACACUUUUGAAAUGACCCGCAUUUGGGAUGGACUGAAACCCAAAGUAAAGAUAGUCCCACAGCUAUACAAGUUAAUCGUGGGCAUUGUCAAUGCGGGUCCCCACUGGAUGCUGGUGAUGAUCUUGCCAGGAGACAAAAAAACAGUUCUUCUAGAUCCACUGGGUGGAAGAAAAACCUCAAUAAACCACUGCAAGGAUGUUACAAGAUCAUUCAUGAGACACAGGGGGCUGAACGUGUCCAGAUGGGCAUGUGAGACGAGGUCUCACCCACUGCAACAUAAUGCCACAUCUUGUGGUGCCUAUGCAUUGAAG